ACUUUGUAGUUUGUACGCACUAUAUAAGCAGAUUUUCGACGCCCAUCAAAAUUCAGUUGUCAAUAGAGAAAACUUUUUUGGCGUGUUGAAGAAGCAAAGAGAGAGAAAUGGAGUCUUUCACAUCGCUCUUCAAUUCGCAAUCGGCGUCGUCUCGCAAUCGCUGGAGUUACGAUUCUCUUAAGAACUUCCGCCAGAUCUCUCCCUUUGUUCAAACUCAUCUCAAAAAGGUCUACCUUUCAUUAUGCUGUGCUUUAAUUGCUUCGGCUGCUGGAGCUUACCUUCACAUUCUUUGGAACAUCGGUGGCUUACUUACGACGCUGGGAUGCGUGGGAAGCAUAGUGUGGCUGAUGGCGACACCUCUGUAUGAAGAGCAAAAGAGGAUAGCACUUCUGAUGGCAGCUGCACUGUUUAAAGGAGCAUCUAUUGGUCCACUGAUUGAAUUGGCUAUUGACUUUGACCCAAGCAUUGUGAUCGGUGCUUUUGUUGGUUGUGCUGUGGCUUUUGGUUGCUUCUCAGCUGCUGCCAUGGUGGCAAGGCGCAGAGAGUACUUGUAUCUUGGAGGUCUUCUUUCAUCUGGUCUCUCUAUCCUUUUCUGGUUGCACUUCACGUCCUCCAUUUUUGGUGGUUCUAUGGCCCUAUUCAAGUUCGAGGUUUAUUUUGGGCUCUUGGUGUUUGUUGGCUAUAUCAUUUUUGACACCCAAGAUAUAAUUGAGAAGGCACACCUUGGGGAUUUGGACUACGUGAAGCAUGCUCUGACCCUCUUUACAGAUUUUAUUGCUGUUUUUGUGCGAAUUUUAAUCAUAAUGUUGAAGAAUGCAUCCGACAAGGAAGAGAAGAAGAAGAAGAGGAGAAACUAAUGCAUAAGCGGUUAUUCAAAGACUCUGUAACUCUAGAAUCUGGCAUUUUCUUGUCCAUAAACUUCUGUAGACCUUCGACAAGUAUGUUGUUAUUAGUUUGGUAACGCCUCAGAUUAAGCUGUGAGGCUCUGUUGUGCUGCAUGCCAAUGUGGUUAUGGUGGUACAUAGAUGGUUUUGUUUCCGAAGCAUAACAUCAAAUAACAUACAUGUUUACACUAUAUCGAUAACCUAUCAGUUUACUUCUUAUUUCUGCUCC